AUGUUCGCGAUAUUUCAGUUCGCGUUCUUGACGUGGCUGCUCUUACGCGUUGCAGAUUGUGCUCGUCCGACAGGCAACGUCGUCUAUCCAAGGCUUCUCGAGACAAGAGGACUGGACGCUGAGAAGAUUCUCUACAUUCAAGAUGACAUUGUUCUAAGGCUUCGAAAGACUUCGGUACUCACAGAAGGCGUUGUGUUUAGCGAGAACAUUGAUGGAAGAAGAGUCGACAAAAUUAUGAACGGAAAGGAGCUUGAAGCAGACAUGUAUCACGACAGAAAUCGAAUGGCGUCGGUCAACAUAAAAGAAAGGAGUGGCGGGAUUGAAGUUAAAGGAAUUCUAAGCGAUACACUGAGAAUCGCACCUCUGGAUAUCAAUUCUCGAUCUAAUGAGGGUCCUAUUCCACACGAGAUAUUAAAGGUGGAGCAGCGGGCUGUCAUAAACACUACAUACAAAGUUGAACCAGAAAUAAAGAACAGCAAUGACACAUUUUACGCAGAACUAAGGAUUGUCGUCGAUGAUAAUCACCGAGAUGUCUUCAAUAGUUCGGAAGAUUUAGUGCAGUAUUUAGCACUCGGCAUGAAAUUGGUCAAUAUUCGAUACGAAGAAACGUCGAAACCGAAAGUUCAGUUCCUUCUGACUACAGUUGAAGUAGCGAGGACUGAGUUUAGCGAUGCGCAAUUCAUUGCUGCUGACGUGGACUGCCCAAGUCGUUCUCAAAAAUAUUAUAUGAAUCCAAUAAACAUGAUCGAAAAAGCUGUAAAGCUUUACGGGAACGGCAAAGAAGAUAUUACCGUUGUUAUCACAUCCGUGGACCUUGCUGACAAUUUUAAUGGCCAUGCUUACAAUCACGUGAUGGGACAAGCGAAACUUGGAGGUCUCUGCAGUGAUGGAAGGCGCGUGGCAAUAGUGGAGGAUGCACCACCCACAUACUCUUUGAUUCAAAUUAUAGCGCAUGAACUUGCACAUACACUUGGAGCUACACAUGAUGGAGAUGCUACUUUUAAAGACAUAGCUCAUAUCACGAACAAAACGUGCAGUAGUUACACCGGUCACAUGAUGGCACCCUCAGCUCACGGAAGCAACAACGGGCACUUUUCGAACUGCUCCAUUGAACAGAUUAGGGCGUUUGUAAGCAAACUCAACUCCAGUUGCCGCGAUGUUAAAUUAGAAACUUAUCACAUUACAACAAAAAACGUACUACCUGGGACGAAAAUGGACCUGGUAGAUUACUGCCGAACAAAGCAUUCAAACUUUCCUAACAUCACUGCAACUCAGCCCGGUAACUUUAUGCAAAAGUGCAAACUUUUAUGCUGCGCUGAAAGCGGAUACCCGUGUUUUGAAGAACCCGCUGUGGAUGGAAUGUCGUGCGAUAAUGAUAAGUACUGCCUGAGGCACAAGUGUGGUAAUCAUACUAACCCUCUUGACAAAAUACGAUAA